AUGGAGACUCGCUGCCCAGCAACCACACUGGCUACUGCUGAUGUCAGGCGGCCAACUCCUGUUCCCGUGGGUGUUCUGGGCAGGGAGCUGGGGGCAAGGCCAAGGGUGGUGGCUGACCUCCGCCCGCUGCCCGAUGUUGCCAUGACGGGCACAUGUACCCGGGAAUGCAGCGAGUUUGGUCACUCUGACACAUGCUGGAUGCCUGGCCAGUCAUCUCCCAGCCGCCGGACCAAGAGCAGCGCCCUCAAACUCUCCACCUUCGUGCCUUACCAGGACCGAGGAGGGCAGGAGCCUGCGGGCGCCGGCAGCCCCAGCCCCCCGGAAGACCGGAACACCAAAACGGCCCCCGUGCGCCUCCUGCCCUCCUACAGUGCCUUCUCCCACAGUAGCCAUGACUCCUGCAAGGACUCGGCCACCUUGGAGGAAAUUCCCCUGACCCAGACCUCGGACUUCCCACCCACAGCUACACCGGCAUCUGCCCAGACCGCCGCCAAGCGUGAGAUCUACCUGUGAGCCCCCUUCUGGCCGGCGGCCACCCCUCCCCCAGUCGCCGGCCAGCUCCCAACUGGGUCUAUUCCAGGGCCCCACUCACUCCCUCCAGCGUGGACUCUGUGGUCAGGGCCCCAAUUCGCGGGAGUACUGGCCUCAAGACCACGUUGACCCUUGCCCCGACGCAGGGUCCAGAUCUUUUCCCCCCCGAUUCCUACCCCUUAGCUCCAGGGAGCCCCUCUUCCCCAUCUACGGGGCUCCACCCAGUGGAUGCCCACGAGGGCUCCGCUGCAGUGACUGGGCUCUCUUCCAUCUACUUCUAGGGAGCACCCCCUUGCUUUGGGCGGAUGGUAGAGUCAAAAGUGGGCAGCACACUUUAACUCACCAUCUCGUCUCCUGCACGGCUGGCCAGGGCAGUGUAGCCUUGCAGCUGUCAACUGGGGGACUUACUCCCUGGGAAAGCUCAGAGGAAACUUUCCACCACCAGGGGCUCUCUGAAGGGCUGUUGUUACCAAAGGUGGGGUGGGGAUUGGGGUGAGAGUACCGGGAAGGCCUCAGUCUUCCAGUACUGCUUCUGGGCUGGCCCACCUGCCUGUCACAGGCUCAUGCCUGAUCCCAUCUGGGCACCCCCUUCCCUGCUGGUCUUGCGGUGUCUGUAUAUAAGGACCUUGGAAUGAUGUCCCCAUUUCUGCCUGAUUUGCAACUUUUCUUGUUGAUGUGUUGUCUUGGGGGGGCCCCUCCGGGGAGGGGGGACCUGCCCUGUGCCCCUCCUCCCUGCCGCAGUGCCCCCCCAAGGCCUCUAUUGUUCCAUGUUGUAAAUACCCCUGGGGCCAUGGUGGGAUGGGGGUGCAGGCCAGGGAAACAAAGGGUGGGUGGGGGUGGGGACAGGGGUAACGUUCGCCUAUCAGCAGAGCUGGGCUUUUAUUUAAUUUUUUUUUUAAGAAAAAAUACAAAUCUCUAUUUUUUUGGAACUGUUGCGCUGUGCCCUGGGGGAGGGGGGACUCCCCCCCUACUCAGACUGGACCCCCACACCCAGAUGAGCAUCACAGAGGGGCCCUGAGGCUGUCGGGGGCAGCUGGACAGGGAUGGGAUGACUGUGCCUCUGGCCUGGUUGGGUGAGUUGGGAGCAGGAAAGGUUGCUCAGGGGGUGGCUGGUUGCUGCCUCCUCUGUGGGGGACCCGCACCUUGCCUCUCCUCCCUGCCCUCCAACCCCCAGCCCCUGCCAUGACUGACCCAUCAGCCUGUAAAACCACCAUUGCCUUGAUCUCAGGGGGUGGGAAGGGCUGCCUCAGGGCACCCUGGGCUCCAGGCCCCUUCUUCCAGUUGGGCUUCCCUUCACCAGGGUCAGGGGUCCCAUGGGGGAGGGGGUGGGGAGGUUUAGGGGGCCCAAGAAGCCCAGUCAGCCAUGAUGAGGUGGGGGGGUCUUCACCUCAGGGGGGCCGAGGUGUGAGGGGUGUCCUGCAGAGCCCCCCACCUCCCACUGUGGCCAUCUCACAGCCUCAGCCUCCCUUCCUUCCAAAAGCCCCCACUGCCUUGGCCCCUACCUCUCCAGCUCCCCAAGGGCCCGGGCUGGGAGGCUGGAGACUCAGGGUAUGGCCCCCACUUGACUUAGUCUAAGCUUGGGGGGGUGGCCCAUUUGGGAAGGGUGGACAGGCUGCUGGGUUGUCCGGUGCCUUUGGGAGCUGUGCUGCUGGAGUCUUGACUCCUGUAACCCCAGAGACCCCACUACCACUCCAGAAAAGCCAGGGGCUGUAGAGUCACCCGAUUCUCUGCCUCCUUACCCCUACUUUUGUCUGGGGUAACAGUGCUGGGAAGGAGUGCACUGUUAGGGUGGCGACCCUGGCAUCCACAGCCCUUCUAUGGAGGGCAGUGGGUAGGGUGGCUAAGGUGACAACAGCCAGGUCUAGGGGUUGGCCAAAGGCUCCCAUCCCUGGGGGAGGCCCAGAAGGUGGGCCAGGGGCUUGCUAAGGACACAGCCCCUUUCCCCUGCACAAAUGGGGCAGGUGCAAUAGUGGUGGAGCUGGUAGCAUGAGGUGCCCGGCUAGUGGGGCGGUGGCCUGGAGGGCUGUCCUGGGUCCUGAAGGUUAGGAUCUGGACAAAAAGAUUGUAUGAGGCCCAUCUGUCCAAUGGAGAGGGUAAUCCGGCCAAGAGGCAUCCAUGGGGUCAGUAGACUCCCACUGGAAGCCCCUGGUGGCUUGGGUACCCUGACCUGGCCUUGGGGACUCCUGAGCAUGGAGUGGGAGGGCAGAGGAACAUUUUGCACAAUGGAGAAGCCAGAAGGAAGGGGGUAGGGUAGCCUAGAUGGCUGGGAGGGCUCAGAAGCACAGAGCAGACGCCCUUCCACAGGCAAGGGCAGAGCCCUGGUCCCCUGGUCGGGGUAAGGGCACUGAGUCUGUCACCACCUGGGCACUCAAGAGGUGAAACCAAAGGUGGGCAGGGGAUGGGUGACAGCACUAAGGACUGACCCUGUUGGUCCUAGGUCUGUAAUACCCCUUCCCAAUGCCUUGUGUCGCGUACAGUUUUAUGUACCAAUAGGCGACAUUUGGCCAGAGGAGACCCCCUCAAACCCAGCCUGACCCAGUCAGUGUCUUCCUAGAGGGGACCGAGUUGGUCCCCACCUCCCUACUUCAGAACAUGUCUGUUAGUAGGGGAAGGGUAUGUGGGGACAUAUUUCCUAGGGUCCCCAAAGCAUCUCUUACAUCAGGAGGGGAGCUGCCUCCUGGCACCCUUAACCUGGGGGCUUCCUAGUCCUUAUGUCUCUCCUUGGGAGUCUCUGGGGACAUGAAUUCCCACCGGGGACCAUGGGAACAUGUCUCUCUUUCCUACCCAGGCUCUCUGUGGAGCCUGUUUGCCUCCCAGGGUUCCUGGGAGUACCUAAGACAAGUCAGUCUUGGGCCGGCUCUCUUUCCAGGAAGAGCUGUCUAUGAAGCUCCCUGGAAGAGAUGUCUCUGGCUCUCCCCCCACCCCCCAUCUCUCCGAUGGGAGUGUCUCUGCCCUGCAGCACUUGGAAAGAGGCUGAGCAUCUCUGAAUUCUUUCCGCCUAGGGACUCUAGGAUACCACUCUCUCCUGAGGGCGGCCCCCUGGAGCCAUUCCUUCCCUGGGUGGGGGCUGUCUGUCUCCAUUGUUGGGAGGGCUUGUGUUGACCAUGAGAAAGUCUCUGGGGGGGGGCAUCUUGUGAGACUUCUCUAGGAGGAAGGGCCAUCUCGCCCAUUGGGGUUCCAGGGCGGGUAUGUCUGCCCAUGGGGAGGGGAGACUGUGUCUCCUUGGGUUAUCUGAGUGGGGAGGGGGGCCGUGUCUCUCUCGUGUGUCGGGUGGGAGGGUUGGGGAGGGGGGGAUUGGGCGCGUCGGGUGCCCACUUCGGGGUCGUGUUUCUCUUGGUUCGUGCCACUUCCCACCGCCUCGCUCCUCCCGGGAAGGGCCCCCGCCUCCACUCCAUCCCCACCCCCGGCGCUGCGAGCACAAUCCCGUUGAUUUGUAAUGAUUUCUGUCUUUUCUGUCUUUCUCUUUCUCUGACCUCCCUCCCUUCGCCGCGAGCAUGCGCAGGCACCGCCCCUACCCCCUCCGGUUCGGUUCGUUUCCGGUUUGUUUGCUGAGCUGUCAAUGAAAGACCCGUGUAAUUAUUCCCGAGCUUUACAAUAAAAGUGUGAAAACCGGA